AUGGAGUCCCAAGAAGCAGCAACUCAUGAAGAAAUAUGGGAUGACUCAAUGCUCAUUGAGUCAUGGAACCAGGCAUUAGAGGAGUAUAAGAAAUACCAUAGUAUUCAUGCGAGGGGCUCAUUGGAGGACCUUGAAGUACUUGAAUGCUCAGCCCGGCCAAAAGCUAAAGCUGAGAGGAGCAACUAUAAAACUUCUGACCAGGAAAAAGUAGGCGAAGAAUGGAAGGAAAAAGGCGAAGGCCAGCUCGACGAAGAUGAACCGAUGGACGAAGAGGGAGUAGGCGACAGCCACGAUGAUGAAACACAACAGCCAGCAGCCUCACAUCCGGUCAUUCCGGAUGCUCAGGGCUCCGCUGCAGAUAAGAAGGAGGACGGACCUCAAGUUUCUGGAUCCACCGCGGCCGCUGCACUUGGGCCACAAACCCUCGUUGGAACUGUUCACGAUGAUGAUCUAAAGAAGCUCUUGAUGUCGUGGUAUUACGCUGGCUAUUAUACGGGGUUAUACGAGGGGAAGCAGCAGGCUCUUCGGCAGGCCGAGCAAGCUCCCAAAGAAGCUUCUUGA